AUGUUGGGUUUACUUAUCGCUUGCGGAGACAGUACUGUUGAAAGUAAUGAAUACGGCGAGUUGAACUCAUUACGGCUGCUCUCGCGACUCUUGAAUGAGACUUCAGAGGAGGAGAAACCACAGCAGCAAUCUCAAGAAGAAGAAAAAGAAAAAAAAGAAGAAAAGGAGUUAAAUGUUGAAAGAGUGCCGGUAGCAGUAUCACUAAUAUGUGAGGCUGUGAUCGAGCAGACCGAACCGCAGUUGAACAAUAUAGAAGGUCCUUCUUCUUAUUUAUCUUCUCCUGCCACUCAUAUCGUUGCUAAUAGUGGUAGUGAUAGUGAUAGUGCCGUUCCACCUGUAGUUUCUCAGUUGACGGCACCGCAGACGGAAGUGAAGUCGUCUAAAAAUGUACUGGAGUUUCUGACGACGACGUGUAGUGAUGAUGAGUGUAAUAAAUUUCCCACACUGCAGUUUCUUGGCAAGAUGCUGCACAGCAAUACAGCGAUAGUUCCUCCUUCUGCUAAUAGUACGGUUACUGUUAUUAGUCCCUGUUCUUCUUCUUGUGCAUCUGUGGAGAUGGACCCGCCAGUCCUCGAGCAUACGAUGCGGGCCACCGCCCCCAAAUGGUCUUCCCCUAUUUGUAGACGCACUAACACUACUUCUACUUCUAUUACUCCUACUCCUACUAUUACUCAGACCGUUACUAAUACUACUACUGUUAAUCCUACGAAUAGUACAAGCGAUCCAGUCUUUUACGAUGCGAUGUCCACAACAAUAGGGGAUACAAGACGCACACCGCAAGUAUACCCAACUAGACCGGUCUCUGCCCCUGGCGGUGAUUCGUUGAGUGCGCGUGUCUCGUAUGCUGCACGAUACUUGGAGCGUCUGCACUUCCGCAGUCCCAUCAUUGUGCAGCCCUCGUCCUCUCAUCAAUCAUUGGAAGAUGAUGAGAGUGUGGAGAUGUCAAAUUUUAUGCGUUGUUAUCGUAAUCUCGCAGAGUUACCACCCAAACACCCACUCAUGCGUGGUGGUAGUAGGAUGGCUAGACCAACAAGAAGAAAAUCAGCAACAGGAAUGCAUGGAAGAGAAGAAUUAUUUGAUUCUGGUUCACUUUACUUUGGUAAUAGUACUACUAGUUCUUCUAAUAAUAAAAAGAUGCAGGUAAAUAAUCAACUAUACACGCAUGUUUCUGGUACAACAUCACGUACUUCCUCACUCCCUGUCAAAGAGAGUCCUUAUAGACCUCGCAGAGGUCAUGUAAAAAAUAUGUGGGAUAUACGUCGAAAAGUAGUGCAACCACAACAAAACCACGAACAACGAAGGGAUCAACCAACUUAUUUAUAUCCCGGUAACAGACAACAAAAACAAGAACCUUUUAACAGUAAUAAUCCCUUUUCAUCUUUAAUGAUAGAAGGUAGAGCGAUGCCAAUUCCAUCGCGAGCUCCACCUACUGUUCUCGUAAGACAUCUCCGUCGUGGAAGAGUUUUUGCGGGAUAA